AUGACAGUCACAAAGCAAGCGCCGCCCACGAUGCCAAUCCACCUCGAGAUACCAGUCUUCUCCCCGUCCUCGGCGCUGCACGCCCAGGCCAUCGGCGCGCAGCGCAUCGAGCUCAACGCGCGCGGGAGCUACGCCGUCGGCGGCACGACACCCACGCUCGCGGACCUCGAGGGCGUGAACAAUUGGCUCAUGGUACCCGUGCGGAUCAUGAUUCGGCCGCGGGGGAAGCGUCCGGAAGAUGAAGUUGACUUUGUGUAUGAUGAUGAGGAGUUUGAGGUCAUGGUGAGGGACGUGGAGGCGUUUCGGGGCGUGUUGAGGCGGGAGAGGGGGGACGGGUUCGUGUUUGGGGUGCUGGAGAGGAGCGGCGGUGGUGACGGUGCGGUUGUGGUUGAUGUCGAGAGGAAUCGGAGGCUGGUUGAGGCCGCCGGCGGGCUGGCGUGUUCGUUUCACCGGGCUUUUGACGAGGUUAUUCGCGAUGGGGAGACGAAGACGAUUGCGAGGGGGGUGAGGGACUUGGUGGGUUGCGGGUUUGAGGGGGUGCUUACGUCCGGCGGGCCGGGGAAUGCGGCGGAGAACCGGGCGCUGCUGGAGGUUGUUGUGCGGGAGGCGUCGUCGGAGGGUGUGGUGAAGAUGAUGGCCCGCAAGGAAAAGGAGACGAAGGGCCUGGAGGUUAUUGUUGGCGGCGGGGUGAGGAAGGAGAAUGUUGAGGGGCUGGUUGACGGGUUUGAGGGGGCUCGUGUCUGGGCGCACUCGAGUUGUUUUACGGGCAAGUGUGCCGAGGGGGAGGUUGAUGAUGAGGAGGCGAUGGGGAUCUUGGAGAGGCUUGCUGAGAGGUGA